AUGUCUUUCCUCGCCCGUCGAGCCACAGCUGCCGCACCGGGCCUCGCCCGCGCUUUCAGUGCGUCCGCCCGCCGUGAUGUCGCCAAAAUCACGCUGGUCGGCAACCUGGCUGCUCCCCCCGAGGUCAGAGCCACUAGCACGGGCCGCGAAGUUAUCGAGUAUGCCGUCGCUAGCAACUAUGGGUCUAAAGAGAACCGCCAGACGAGCUGGUUCAGGGUCGCUGCUUUUAUCGAGGAGGGACCCCGCCGAGAAUUCUUGACUAGCUUACCUAAAGGAGCUACCGUCUACGUCGAGGGCGACGCCAUCAUGAAUAACUUCACUGAUGCCGACGGCAAGUCACGAAAUGCGUUAAGCAUUUACCAAAAAACCAUCGAGGUCCUCAAGCGACCAACUCCUACUGAAUAG